UAGUCUUAUUUUUUCAGGUUUUGGAUAGAGGUGAUAAAAAAUUCAGACCGAGCCUUACACAUCAAUUGUCAUAUUCAAAUUUGUAAAAAAGUAGCGGACUUAUUAGGUCAAAGCAAGCUUUUUGGAUCGAACUCGGGUUUUUAACUAAAAAGGUGAUUUUUAGAUUGCCCUAACCCACCCUAUAUUUGGGUCAAACCUCACCUCUAGUUGAACAAACAUAUUUGGCCUUAGUCUUGACCCGACCCAACCCGAUCACGUGGACAUUUUUUUUUUUUUUAAUUUUUUUUAAACUACUUUUGGCCCGGUAAACGGUCACCUCUACCUUCGUUUCCCUUCUCUUCCUUUCUGUUCUUCUUCCUUCCUUUCACUUCAUCCACUUCCUUUUGUAUAAUAUUGAAUGACGCAAUGAAGUCGGCUUGAAUUGGAAGGUGACGUUAUUUUUGCUCAACCCCAGCAAAGAUGAAGCUUCUUAUCUCUUACCUCAAAAAUGUGUAUGAAUGGCAAUGCUGGUCAAAAACCGGUGCCAGUUGUGCCAUUGAUGGAUGCCGUGGUGAAGGUAUUUUGUGUUCGUUCAGUACCGAAUUAUUCCCUUCCGUGGCAGAGGAGGAGGCAGUGUAGCACCUCCAGUAGUGGAUUUGUCAUUGCAGGGAGGAGGGUUUUGACAAAUGCACAUUCUGUGGCACACUACACUCAAGUUAAGCUCAAGAAGCGCGGUUCUGAUAUCAAGUACUUGGCCACUGUACUUGCUGUUGGGACUGAGUGUGAUAUCGCUUUGCUUACAGUCGAAGAUGAUGAAUUCUGGGAAGGUGUUUCACCAGUGGAGUUUGGCAAAUUGCCAGCUCUUCAAGAUGCUGUUGCUGUUGUGGGCUACCCAAUAGGAGGGGAUACUAUAUCUGUGACCAGUGGAGUUGUCUCACGCAGGGAGAUCCUCUCUUAUGCUCAUGGGGAGUCUGAGCUACUGGGCUUGCAGGUAGAUGCUGCCAUAAACGCUGGAAAUUCUGGUGGUCCAGCCUUCAGCGACAAAGGGAAUUGUGUAGGCAUUGCAUUUCAGUCAAUGAAACAAGGAGAUGCUGAAAAUAUUGGUUAUGUUAUUCCUACACCUGUAAUUGAUCACUUUAUUCAGGAUUAUGAGAGGAAUAGAGCAUAUACAGGGUUCCCAAUUCUUGGGUUUCAUUGGCAACCGAUGGAGAAUCCCGACUUACGCAUAGCAAUGGGCAUGAGAUCUGAUCAAAAGGGUGUACUUGUUAACCGAGUUGAAGCUACUGCUCCUGAUUCCGAGAUUUUGAAGCCAUUAGAUGUUAUCCUUAGUUUUGAUGGGGUUGAUAUUGGAAAUGAUGGAACAGUUCCUUUCAGGCAUGGAGAGCGUAUAGGUUUUAGUUACCUUCUAUCACAGAAGUAUCCUGGAGAUAAUGCCAAUAUUAAGGUACUGCGUGAUUCAGUGCUGCAUGAAUUUACUAUCAGACUUGGUAUUCCCAAGAAGCUCAUUCCAGUGUGUAUUAAGGAUGGACCUCCAUCAUAUUACAUACUCGCUGGAUUUGUUUUCACUGUCGUAUCGGUCCCAUAUCUCCAAUCAGAGAAUGAUGUAAAUGUCGAUCUUAUGCACAAACUUCAAUUUUCGAUGGCACAAUCAGAAGAUGAAGAUCUUGUUGUUAUAUCUCAGGUUCUUGUGGCUGACAUUAACAUCGGAUAUGAAGGUCUUGCUAAUGUCCAGGUUCAUGCUGUCAAUGGUAACCCUGUGAAGAACUUGAAAAGCUUGGUAAAUAUGGUGGAGUCCUGCAACGAUGAAUAUUUAAAGUUCGAUCUAAUUUUCAACGUGGUAGUUAUUCUUCGGACUGAGGCUGCUAAAGCUGCUACUGCAGAUAUUCUGGCGACGCACAGCAUUCCUUCUGCAAUGUCUGAUGAUCUUAAAACAUAAGCUGAAGUCUGAAGCUCGCAUACCAUACAUAGUUGUUUUGCAGUUGUAUACUUUUUUACCUGUCUGCAAGGAUUCAGUUUACACGCCUACAUCACGAGUCAUCACAAAUUUACAAUUGUGUGCUUUUUUGUAGGUCAGUAAUGUGUGCUCCAUUGUAACUACUAUUUUAUGUGCAACCAAUUUAAAUACAGGGUAGUAGUCAAGUUUGUAUUUUACAUAUGUAUUGUACGAAAGCUGAUUGAUUCACCUUUUUUGAGAGUGAAAAUGCUUGGAUUUGUCAUCCUUUA